CACGUAAGACAACACAUAGAGAGAGAAAGACAAAAAACAAAAUCAAGGAGAGAGAUAGAGAGAGAAAAGAGGAAUCUGAGGCGAUUGGGUAAGCGAUGCACAUCGUCUUCUCUGUCGAUGAUUUGACCGAGUCCUUCUGGCCAGCUUCCGCUCCGGUACCGGAACCGCCGCAGAACAUGGCGGACGGGAUGACUCGGAGUCAAUCGGAGUGGGCGUUUCAGAGGCUUAUCCAGGAGAUGUCCGGUUCCGAUGCGAGCCCUACGACCAACGUAAUCGACCGGUCACCUCCACAGGUUCAGUCUGAGCAGUCCCUUUCAACCAUUGACGAAACCUCCGAUGUUGUCGAGAUACAGAAGCCGCCGCAGAAUCACCGUCUUCCUCCUGGGGAUGAUCAAAGGGAUCGGAAUCGUGCACGGUCGUCUGAUCCGUUGGAUUCAGCUGGUGUUGAUCCUAAUCAAUAUCACGCGAUUCUCAAGAGCAGACUCGAUCUUGCUUGCGCUGCUGUUGCGCGUCGUGUUGGAACCGUGAAACCUGAAGAUUCAAGUUCCUCAGCUGGGAAUCAAAAGCAAUCUCUUCCGACGAGACCUCAAGCUCAAGGCUCCAUUGUGGCACAAACCUCACCAGGUGCGUCAUCUGUUGGAUUCGUUCCCUCAAUAAGCACGCAAAAGAAAGCAGAUGUUCCGGCCAGGCAAACUACCAGUAUUUCAUCACGAGAUGAUUCUGAUGAUGAUGAUCUUGAUGGAGACACGGAAACAGCAGAUAAUGGAGAUCCUACUGAUGUGAAGCGUGCUAGGAGGAUGCUCUCAAACCGAGAAUCCGCUAGGCGCUCAAGGAGAAGGAAGCAAGAACAAAUGAAUGAAUUUGAUACACAGGUAAGCCAAUUAAGAGUUGAGCAUUCAACUUUACUAAGUCGUCUUAGUGACAUGAAUCAUAAGUAUGAUGCAGCUGCGGUUGACAACAGAAUUCUAAGAGCUGAUAUCGAAACUUUGAGAACAAAGGUUAAAAUGGCAGAAGAAACGGUGAAAAGAGUGACAGGAGUGAACCCUUUGCAUUGGGCGGCAAGACCAAACAUGGGCAUACCAUUGAACAACACUCCGACCGAUUCCUCUAGAAUUCAGCCAAACUCUAACCACAUUCUCAAACCAGCAAUCCCAAGUACCACCGGUGCCGGUUUAGCACCUAAUCAGAGAGUAGAGAGAGGGAAUUUCUUGGGCGAACAGGUGAACCGUGAAGGCAUUCAGAAUCCAUUUGCUCCUGAUUCGAAUCUGUAUGAAACCUUGCCCCAUUGGAAUCACAAGCAUUAACCACAAGAACUGAGUAAUUGGUUUGGUGAUUUUGAAGUAACUCUCCAAUCUUGUAUUUUUUCUUUACUGUGCGACUCUGCGACGGUGCUAUUGUAAGGGUAAAGUACCCAUUUAUAUAUGCUUGGAAAUAAUUGGAAGAAUGUUGAUUUUAAUCA